UGCAAAGCGGAAAGAAAAUGGCGGCCGUGGCUGCGGAGCCAGGAGCUGCUGCGGCAUCAACAACAGCGGGGGACGGGGUGGAAUACGAACCCGAGCCAGGAGAGCAUGUGGUCGACCUAGAGGCACACCCCGUCCCGAAAAUGGAGCUUUGUCACCAACCCGAGGAUGUGGAUGCAGUUCAGGAAUGCAGCCAGGUCCAACUGGAAAUCAGAAGGCCGGACCUUCAAGCCGCGGGAAAAGCCCUCGCUGCCCAUGCGGACGGUGAGCUCACAGAAACGAGGGGUUCCUGGGGCCGCUUGGACACUGCUGAGCAGCCCGCGUUUAUGGACUACAAGUGUGCAGGCGUUUCUGAUUACGGGGGCUCCUUAUCGCCGAAGGUGGAGGCUGCAAACGAGGUCAGUCCUCCCGAAUCCAGCCCCUGCCUUUUGCUCCCCAGCUCCAUCUCAGAUUCCCAGCACUCCGUGGUCUUCUUGCAUUCCCCUCCCUCUCAGGUUCCGUCGGAGCCUGAAACCGGACUGCCUCUGGCUGUCGAAUACGACUCCAGUCCCGUGUCAAGCCACCCUAUCGACCUGGAGUGUGAAAUCAUAGGCUUCACGCAGCCUGACCCGGAGCCCGAACCCGCAUACGAUGCUCUCGGGUCGGAACUUAAAUCUCACGAGGAUGCAUUUCAUGACAUCCCGCACCCCUCAGAUCACCUGGACUGUCUGUCUAAUGCAGAGGAGACCUCGCUUGGAGAAUCGGUGGGUCAGAGCUACAUUAGUGACUUUUCUACUGUUUCCAGCAAGGACUCUCCGGGACUUCCAUCGGUAGUGAAUCAGUCGCUCAUCUCAUCGGUAGAGUCAGAUCAAGUGGGCUCGCAUCAUCAUCAUCAUCAUCAUCAUCAGAGCUUCAAAACGGACCUCAGCGAACCCGAGACGGAGUCGGAAACGAAAGCCCCGGUUCUGUGUGCGGAGGAGGCCGACACGGCGGAGCGCCUGGUGCUCGGGUCCGAGGUUCGAGUCUCGCUGGAUCACAUCAUCGACGAUGCGCUCGUGGUGUCGUUUCGCUUAGGCGAGAAGAUCUUCUCCGGGGUACUCAUGGACCUUUCAAAAAGGUUUGGACCUUAUGGGAUUCCUAUAACUGUGUUCCCCAAGAGAGAGUAUAAGGACAAGCCAGAAUCUAUGCAGCUGAAGACGGAAGCAUUCCAGUCAGAGACGGAUAAGGGUGUUGCUCAAGGAACUAGUGAUGCCCCAAUUGAGGACCCUGUGGAUGCCCCUCUGAAGGACCCUGCUGAGACUUCUGCAGCACCCCAGCCCUGUCCCAACCCUCAACCUAACCCAUGGACCUCAAAACCACCUCCUUUGUUUCAGGAGGGGGCCCCUUAUCCACCUCCAUUGUUCAUCAGGGACACCUACAACCAGUCGUUACCUCAGCCUCUACCCCGCAAAAUCAAGCGGCCCAAGCGUAGGCUGUAUCGAGAGGAGCCCACUUCUAUAAUGAAUGCCAUCAAGCUCCGACCAAGACAAGUUCUGUGUGACAAAUGUAAAGGGGCUGUGGUGCAAGGGGACAAGCGUGAGACACGCAGAGGCCCCAUUUCAGACUGCCGGAGUGACGAUGCCAAAAGACGGCGUAAUGACAACGUGACGGCAGCUGCUGGUAAGCGGCCCCGCAGUGAUCCACGUUCUGAAGAGAAGGGCCGUAGUACCGAUGGGCCCAAGCGGCAGGGUUCAGCCAUACGGGUGUCAUCAUCCACCGCCUCUUCUCUGGGCCAUAGUCAGGUCAAAGGUGCAGCUGCAGGGAACAAAAUAGUGAAGGGGGUGUCCACUACAACAACGUCCUCGGCCAACUCUCGAGUGCAGCUCAAUGCCAAAAAAGUGCUUCAGAGCAAAAAUGUUGACCACUCCAAAGUACGAGAGGUGCUGAAGAUGGCCAAGGCUCAGAGAAGACAGAAAGAGACAGUCACAGGCAGUAGCGGAAACACCAAGGCCAUAACCAGGGCCGCAGCCCUCCAGGAAGCCCACCAGAAGGUCCACUUCACCCGACGACUGCAGCAGAUUAGUGGAGGUCGAGGUUCCAACCCCCUGCCGCCUAGGAUGCGCAUCAAGCCCCAAAGGUACCGUAAUGAAGAGAACGAUUCUUCCUCAUGUAAGCCGCCUUGCUUGGAGAAAGUGCCGGGAGGGGGCCGUUUACCACUGCCUAAGCCAGCCGUGCCCCGCUGCACCUCCACACGCUCCUCCUCCUCCUCCUGCUCUGCUAGCCAAGUCGCCACAGCUGUAGAGCCCCAGAGGCCAGACAAACCGAUUGAGUCCCCUCUCAACCAGGCCCAACCCGAUCCCCUUCCAGCUCCGGAGUACAGGGAACCCCCGGCUGAGUCAGAGGAACAGGAGGGGCGGGAGGAAAAGCGGGAGACACGUGGGAGCAAGGCUGGUAACCUAGUGGUCUACAUGACCCUUAACCCCAGCCAGCCCGACUCCUCUAGUACAUCCAGGUGCAGCAUCGAUAGUGCAGAUGACUUAAAGUCAUCAAACUCUGAGUGUAGCUCUACCGAAACGUUCGACUUCCCCCCUCCUGGCGAUUUGCGUUCGGCCCCUGCCCCUGGCACGUCCUCCACUUUUGUCUCUGCCUCUCCCUCUGCUCCUAAGGACGACAAAAAGUGCAGUAAAUCUCUCAAAGCGACAGUCUUUUCCAAAAACGUCACAAAGUGCGUUGCCCUGGAUGGCAGGACAAUUUGUGUUGGGGACAUUGUUUGGGCCAAAAUCCUUGGCUUCCCCUGGUGGCCCGCCCGCAUCCUAGCCAUCACAGUGAGUCGCAAAGAUAAUGGGCUCUUAGUCAGGCAGGAGGCCCGGGUCUCUUGGUUUGGGUCGCCCACCACUUCCUUCCUGGCCAUUACUCAGCUUGCCCCGUUUCUAGAAAACUUCCAGUCUCGCUUUGACAAGAAGAGAAAGGGCCUGUAUCGUAAAGCCAUCACUGAGGCUGCCAAGGCCGCCAAGCAGCUCACCCCUGAGGUCCGAGCCUUGCUAACUCAGUUUGAGACGUGAGGUGAUAUGCUUUGGUAAGGUAGGCAAAACAGGCAACCGAGUUGGCCCUGUACCCCUUCUGACACAUCUCAAACUUUGCUGUAUCCAGUCAGCUUUCAGAGUGAAACAGAAAAACGUCAGCCAGGCAAAACCAGGACUAAUUUAUUUUCGUUGAGAAGGCAAGAGAAGGGGAUUGAAUUGAACGGUUUUCAUGUUAAGUAUCUAAUGUUCGCCUCUAUGUAAUCGGUCUUUUGAUCUUGUCAUGUCAUCAAACCUUUAUUAUAAUGAAAACGGAUGACAGAGAUUUGUAGGAAAAGGUUUUAUGGGUUCUGAGUGGCCACAAUAUUUCAAUUUUAUUCUUGGUCACUGUCUCCUGUUAAAGAUCCCUGUAAACAUAAAAGCAAAUGAUCUCUGAGUGGGAUUUUUAUUGAGCUUCAAUAGCUUUCAUGAAGAAUUAGGCAUGUGAAAAUGUCUGCUUGAACCCAUUCUUAAAUGGUGGCCCAUUCAGAAAAAAAGUCGAUUGUUACUCUAUCCGCAUCCCUAACUUAGCACAGUUAAUGCUUCCUUUUGUAUGAUCAGAAGAAGUGUUAAAGGUUCACAGUGUCAGUCAUUCCUGCUGCGUUUAGGUUUUUUUUUUUAAUCUUUAUCACUACAGUGAUUCUAGACAGCGUCUCUGUCCAAUCGCCCUAAGAUUACAUGAGCUAAAGUCUUAGAAUUCAAGUUAGACCAUCCUUUAGUUGUUUUCUUUUAUUACGGAAGUUGUGUAACUGUAAAAGUGGACCCUGUUGGGUAGAGUGCCUCGCUCAGGUAGAAAAAGGGACUUAAUUGGUGCUGAUCUUUCUCAGGCGUUCUGAGACGACUAAUCCAAGUUCAGUGAUCUGAGCAGACGGCUGUUGAUCUGGGCGUGGCUCUUUGCAGCCAGUCGAGCUGCCGUUACGGGGGGAGGUGCCGAUAAGCCGAAGUCACCUCAAGUGCCACUGUGAGGAGAGCACAGCGACUCUGUAAAUGCAGAGAGUACCACCUCAGACACGGAGAAAACUGCCAGCCUAACUGUGCGUCCUCUUUCCCAACCCCUUGCCGCCACAACAUCUGCUUCCCAAGCUACUUGCCCUGUUCGCAGCUUUUUUUCUCUCUCUUCCCCCACUUGUUUCGCUCACUCCUCCCGUUGUCAUGUUUGUGUCUCCGACUGCUUUUUAUAUCUGAUUAUGGCGAAAAUGUUCCUGUUGUUCAGCCAAUCCACUUACCACCCCUACUGUCUUAGCAUGGAUUUGGGAGUGCAUAUAUAUGUUAAAUGGAAUAAUGAGCAUUUUUAAUGGUUCCAUAUGUUUAUCCAAUUUAGGCAUAUCACAUCUCGAAGCAAACUAUAAGUUUUGAUGUAGCUGCAGUGGAAUGCAAAACUCUUAACCUGAGAUCCUUUAACUCGAUUAAAACACUAGUCCACUGUGGUGUCCCGCUUGCAAAGUGGGACAUUGGAGCACAAGGCAGCAGUUCUCAUGUGUGAUUGUUCGUCAUAAUUAUGGGCUGGUUUAGAUGUUCAGUGAUUUGUUCUGAUGCCAGUAUUCAUUGUCUCUCAUCUGAAAUGUGUUUCUAAGGAUUAUUGUGUUUUAAAUUUAUUUGUUGUGCCUGAACUUUAUUUUCUGUCAUUUCACUAUUUGCAUAAUAGGGCUGAAGGUCUAGAGUACACAUUUGUAUGUAAAAGUGUUCAAAAUGUAUUUUACCUGAUUGAUUUAAAGUCAGUGCUGAGAACCAACGAUUUUAUUUGUGUGGAUGAGCAUUAUCUUCUUUUCUUGUCUGUAAUCAUGGUUCUGUCCUUGCAUUGCAUACCCAUUAGCAUCUUGAACUGUCCAGUUUUAUUUACACAUCUGAGAAGGGAAAUAUACUGUAUGCUAUCUGGGUCAUUUCAAAUAUGACUUACAGGUAGAGGAGAGAUCAAGGACUUGAGGGAGAAAAAAACAAUGCUUGGUAGACCACACUGACUGACUGAUGGAGGUUUGUGUAAAGGAGUAAAAACGGUAUUUAUUUUGGUGGUUGGCUUUGUUUUAUUUCAGCAUCUUUUUUACUUUUAUUUCUAUCUGUUUGCAGGUCAGAGAAUGCUGUAAAACCAUUGAAAAAAAAGUAACAGUUGAAGAUAUUGUGUACAUGUUUUCUGAUGUUUUAAGAGUAUAUAAAUAAACUGUGAACUUCAA